GCGAAUAACUUGGACCCUCACCUGCACACACUCUUCCCACAAUGGCCUCCACAGAAGCUGUCGGAGCGCCGCCAGCUGUGCAAGAGAAGGCAGAGGAGAAGAAGCCAGAAGUACAACAGAUCGAUCCCUACAACGUAUCUGGAGGCGUGGACGAGCAAGGCAACGUCAAGGCCAUCGAUUACGACCGUUUGAUCACCGAGUUUGGAGUCCAACCUCUUACUGAAGAGCACCUCAAACGAUUCGAGCAAGUCACAGGGAAGCCAGCGCAUCGUCUCAUGCGAAGAAAGCUCUUCUUCUCCCACCGCGACUUCGACAAGAUCCUGGAUGUAUACGAGAAAUAUGGCACAUUCAUGUUGUACACGGGGCGAGGACCUUCGAGCGGAAGCAUGCAUCUGGGACACACGGUACCGUUCCUCUUUACAAAAGAGCUGCAAGAGAUGUUCGAUGUGCCAUUGGUCAUUAUGUUGACAGACGACGAGAAGUUCCUCCACACACGCAACAAGAACAAUGGCGCGAAGACGAAGGGCACUGCGCCGGAGGACUUUCUCAAAUUCGCACACGACAAUGCAAAGGACAUCAUUGCGCUAGGUUUCGACCCGAAGAAGACCUUUAUCUACAGCGACUAUGAGUUCGUGGGCGGACACUUUUACAUGAACAUUUCGGAAUUUGGAUCUCUCGUCACAGUGAACCAAGCACAGGGAGCCUUCGGCUUCAACGGCAGCAGCAAUGUUGGGCUGGUAGAAUACGGCGCAAAGCAGUGUGUGGCUGCAUUCCCAUCUUCAUACCCAGAGCUUUUUGGCUACAGAGACUACCGGGCUCCCAACUAUGAUCCUUCAGCAAUACGGAGGCACAAGCCUCUCUCCAAGAUUCCAACUUUGAUUCCCUGCGCCAUCGAUCAAGAGCCCUACUUCCGAAUGUUGCGAGACCGCUGCGAUCGCAUGAUCGACCCUCACCCGAAGACAUGUUUGAUUCUUUCGAAGUUCUUGACGGCACUACAAGGACCCGGCGGAAAGAUGAGUGCUUCGGAUCCCAACUCGGCCAUUUUCAUGUCCGACACACCCUCUCAAAUCAAAAACAAGAUCAAUAAACACGCUUUCUCCGGCGGACAGGAGACGAUGGAGGAGCAGCGGAAGCUCGGCGGCAACCCAGAUGUCGAUGUUGCUUACACGUAUUUGUCGUACUUCCUCGAAGAUGAUGCUGAGCUGGAAGAUUUGUACAAGAAAUACCGCAGUGGUGAGCUUUUGACAGGAGAGAUGAAGGCAAGGUGCAUCCAAGAGCUGCAAAAGUUCGUUUCGGAAUUUCAAAAGCGAAGAGAAGCGGUUACGGACGAGAUCAUGCGAUCGUACAUGGUACAGAGAAAAUUGGAGUUCAAGGGCAAUCCGAGCCCGACCCAGCCGGCUGCCGCGCCCACGAAAAAUGCGCAUGAGGCAAAUGGGAGUGUUGAGGGCGAGAAGGAGGGAGCGGGUAGUAAGGAUGGAAGAGGGACGAAGUCGGAGAGGAAGUUGGCAAAGCUAGCGGAGAAGAAGGCGGAGAAGGAGGCCGAGAAACAGGCAUUGGCUGAUCGGACAAAGGAGGCAUAG